AUGGCGCACCCGGCCGCGGACCGCCGCCUCCGCUCACCGCAGCGCUGCGACCACGAGCACCACGGCCGCUUCCUCCGCCCCGGCGCGCUCGCCAGGCUCCGCGACUCCAAGAUCGUCGCCCGCUCCCUCCGCUCCGCCGCCUCCGCGCGCCUCCUCCCGCCCUCCUCGCCCUCUCCCCCGUCGCCCGCGCCGGCCGCGGGCGCCGUGCCGCACUUCUUCUUCGGGGGCGCGCGGGGCGGCAUGCGGUACCCGCUCCGGAAGAAGCUCGCCGCCGCCCGCGGCGUCGUGUUCCUGCCCCCGCCGCCCGUGUCGCCGGGCGCCCUGGAGGCCUUCCUCGGCGCCUUCGCCGCCGCGCCGCCCGAGCUCCUCGCCGCGCACUGA